AUGUCAUCUCGUUCUUUUGAUAACAUGAAUUUUACUGAAUUAGAAUCUUUAAUCGAUACAAAUAAUAGAGAAAGAUUGAAAUUUUAUAUUCGUGAACUUUUUACUCGAGAAAAGAAUCUACAAAAUGAAAAUACUAGAUUGAUUUCAACUUUAAAUAUGAACGAAAAUAAGUUGGAAAAUCAAAACCUUGAGAUUCAUCGUAAAGAAUCUUAUAUUAUCAAACUCCAAACUGACAUUAGUAAAAUGGAACAUAAAUAUCAAACUGAUAUUACCAAAAUAGAACUUAAAUUUCAAGCUGAAACCAAUAUUUUAAAAACGGAAAUUAAUAAAUUUCAAGGAGAUAAUAAUUUAUUAAAAGCAGAAGUAGAAUUAAAAAAUUCUUUGAUUCAAAAAGAAAAAGAUGAUAAUGAUAAUUUGAAAAAAUAUAAUAUUUUUUUAAUGGAUCAAAUUAGAUAUUUGCAAAGUCAUAAUAAUGUUUUAAAUAGAAAUGAAAUAAAAACUGAAAAUAAUUUUGAAACUUAUGAAGGUUCUUCGAAUGAAAUUGAUCAUUUUUUUUUUAUUUUUAAUAAUUAUGAAAAUAAUGGAGAGUAUAAAUCUCCCGAACAUGAUUAA